AUGGCAAAUGGCGACAAUGCAUUUGUCCAUGACUCUGUCAGCUCCGGCCAGCUCCAACCUCUCAACACCUGCGUGCGGGCCAAUGACCAUCUCACCAUCGCAAGGCUCCUCAACUUGCUGACUCUGGGCCUCUGGUCAAAGAUUGGACGUUUGACUCACUACGCAUUCGAUGCGGUGCUCUUCUCCGCCUUCCUCGCUGGCAUGCAGCGCUCGACCGGCCUGACACCCAGUUUCAAGACGGACAGAGCUGCCGGCGAAAACAAGGACAUGACGAAGUGGAUCGAGAAGUAUCUCGGUGUCGGCGAGUGGGUGAUGGAUCAGUCGGUCGCUAUCGCCGGCUCCAGCGGUUGGUUCGAACGCAGGCGAUAA